CCGUAAUUCUUUUUAAUUUCAUAACGUCACAAUCGCCAAUUAUGAAGCUCUUCGUAGUGUGGACGCUGGUCUUGGUGCUGGGAAAUCUGGGAGCCGGCAGGCAGUCACUAGCCGACGGAGGGGGCUCCAAGGGGCUCCCGCAGGACGGGGCGGCCUCCCUUACCCUGGAAAAGACCGAUAUGGACCCAUGCCGAAAACAAGACGAGGGGGGACUCAAAGAGUUACCCAAAGUCUAUGAUCUAACGAGCAUGAAGCCAAGCUUGGAAAAUGGCACUCAUGACACCAUCAAGACCGUGGAAAGAAGAGUCAUUAACAAUACAGACGAGGCGGGGCAUUUAACAGGAAACAAGACAGUCGUUGAAAAGACGACAGAGACUGACGUACAGCCCAACCGAAAUGUAUCAAAGACUACGGAAGCACAAGUCGUUGUUGAUGAGAAAGGUAAAGAAAGUGGCGAAAAACAUGUCACAGAGAGCGAAACGGUGACGCAAAGCACUCCAGACAACGGAACCUUAACACAGACGGUGGACGUGAAAACUGUAACGGACGAAAAGGGCAAUGAAAUAAACGAGGAGGUUGUUAUAAAGAAGGAAGCAACAGUACUUACUAAUGACACUAAAGAAAAGCCGAAGGACGAUAAAGCUGCAACUCUUCUUCUUCCGAAGGAUGACCAAGGUAAAACAAAACAGAAACUACAGAAAUAACAGAGGAAAGAAAGGAGACUCUGCCCGACAAUACAACGCAUGAAGUCUUAGUAAAAGAGAAAGAAGAAAUAUUGCCUUCACAGAACAGCACUAAAGUGACAUCUGUGGAGACGAAGAAUAUUACAGAGAAGGGUGAUGGACUUCAGAAGACAGAAAUAACAGAGGAAAGAAAAGAUUCUGCCCAGCAAUAUAACGAAUGAAGAUGUAUUGAAAGAAGAAAUAUUGCCUUCACAGAACAGCACUAAAGUGACAUCUGUGGAGACGAAGAAUAUUACAGAGAAAGGUGAUGGGCUUCAGAAGACAGAAAUAACAGAGGAAAGAAAAGAGAUUCUGCCCAGCAAUAUAACGAAUGAAGAUGUAUUGAAAGAAGAAAUAUUGCCUUCACAGAACAGCACUAAAGUGACAUCUGUGGAGACGAAGAAUAUUACAGAGAUGGGUGAUGGGCUUCAGAAGACAGAAAUAACAGAGGAAAGAAAGAGAUUCUGCCCAGCAAUAUAACGAAUGAAGAUGUAUUGAAAGAAGAAAUAUUGCCUUCACAGAACAGCACUACAGUGACAUCUGUGGAGACGAAGAAUAUUACAGAGAAGGGUGAUGGGCUUCUGAGGGCAGAACAAACAAAGGAAAGAAAGGAGACUCUGCCCGACAAUACAACGCAUGAAAUUGUAGUUAAAGAGAAAGAAGAAAAAUUACCUUCACAGGAUAGCACUAACGAGACAUCCGUGGAAAGUAAGAAUGUUACAUAUAAGGGCGAUGGAAAAGAUGUCGAGAAAGAAACUGUAAUUCAAAAAGAAGUCGAAAAGAAUGUGUGUAAUGGCGACAUCAAGGAGGUUCGUGACGAAGGACAUCUUAACGAAACAGCUGAAGACCUGAAGCACCAAGUUAGCGACGUGAAGAACAAGAUUGAGGAAGAAAAGGCAAAGGCUGAGGAAACAAGUCCUACGCCGACCCAAUGGAUAGAACAAAAACCAGUUGCCGCCCCUGUCAUCCAAGAAGGCAAGGUCGUUAGAAAGGUAGUCCCUGCUGUGAGGCCAAUGAAGGUCGUUAGAAAGGUAGUCCCUGCUAUGAGGCCAAUGAGGGUCGUUAGAAAGGUAGUCCCUGUUAUGAGGCCAAUGAGGGUCGUUAGAAAGGUAGUCCCUGUUAUGAGGCCAAUGAGGGUCGUUAGAAAGGUAGUCCCUGUUAUGAGGCCAAUGAGGGUCGUUAGAAAGGUAGUCCCUGCUGUGAGGCCAAUGAAGGUCGUUAGAAAGGUAGUCCCUGUUAUGAGGCCAAUGAAGGUCGUUAGAAAGGUAGUCCCUGUUAUGAGGCCAAUGAGGGUCGUUAGAAAGGUAGUCCCUGCUGUGAGGCCAAUGAAGGUCGUUAGAAAGGUAGUCCCUGUUAUGAGGCCAAUGAGGGUCGUUAGAAAGGUAGUCCCUGCUGUGAGGCCAAUGAAGGUCGUUAGAAAGGUAGUCCCUGUUAUGAGGCCAAUGAAGGUCGUUAGAAAGGGUGUGCCCUCGGUGAGACAAGGAAAAGUCUUCGUUGUGCAUCGAGUUGUUGAAUACGUCACCCCUUCGGUGGUAACAAAAAGAUUCCCCGUUGUGACACAGAAGAAGGUUCUUGCAAAGGUUCCCCCUACGGUGACAGAAGGAAACAUCCCCGUUGUUACAGAAAAGAAAGUUACUGAGAAUCUUAUCCCCUCUGUGACAGAAGGAAAAGUGCCGGUUGUGACAACUGAGAAGGUUGCUGAGCAGGCUGCCCCUUCGGCAACAGAAGAGAUCGUCAGUGUCCCCAAGGAGCAAGAAAAUGUCCCUGUCAUGACAGAAAAAGAGGUUGAGAAUCUUAUCCCCUCUGUGACAGAAGGAAAAGUACCGGUAGUCCCUCAACAGGAGAUUGUUGACAAGGUUGCCCCUUCGGCGACAGAAGAGAUCGUCAGUGUCCCCAAGAUGCAAGAAAAUGUCCCUGUCGUAACAGAAGAAAAGGCUGAGAAUCUUAUCCCCUCUGUGACAGAAGGAAAAGUUCCGGUUGCGACAACAGAGAAGGUUGCUGAGCAGGCUGCCCCUUCGGCAACAGAAGAGAUCGUCAGUGUCCCCAAGAUGCAAGAAAAUGUCUCUGUCGUAACAGAAGAAAAGGCUGAGAAUCUUAUCCCCUCUGUGACAGAAGGAAAAGUUCCGGUUGCGACAACAGAGAAGGUUGCUGAGCAGGCUGCCCCUUCGGCAACAGAAGAGAUCGUCAGUGUCCCCAAGAUGCAAGAAAAUGUCCCUGUCGUAACAGAAGAAAAGGCUGAGAAUCUUAUCCCCUCUGUGACAGAAGGAAAAGUUCCGGUUGCGACAACAGAGAAGGUUGCUGAGCAGGCUGCCCCUUCGGCGACAGAAGAGAUCGUCAGUGUCCCCAAGAUGCAAGAAAAUGUCCCUGUCGUAACAGAAGAAAAGGCUGAGAAUCUUAUCCCCUCUGUGACAGAAGGAAAAGUUCCGGUUGCGACAACAGAGAAGGUUGCUGAGCAGGCUGCCCCUUCGGCAACAGAAGAGAUCGUCAGUGUCCCCAAGAUGCAAGAAAAUGUCCCUGUCGUAACAGAAGAAAAGGCUGAGAAUCUUAUCCCCUCUGUGACAGAAGGAAAAGUUCCGGUUGCGACAACAGAGAAGGUUGCUGAGCAGGCUGCCCCUUCGGCAACAGAAGAGAUCGUCAGUGUCCCCAAGAUGCAAGAAAAUGUCCCUGUCGUAACAGAAGAAAAGGCUGAGAAUCUUAUCCCCUCUGUGACAGAAGGAAAAGUUCCGGUUGCGACAACAGAGAAGGUUGCUGAGCAGGCUGCCCCUUCGGCAACAGAAGAGAUCGUCAGUGUCCCCAAGAUGCAAGAAAAUGUCCCUGUCGUAACAGAAGAAAAGGCUGAGAAUCUUAUCCCCUCUGUGACAGAAGGAAAAGUGCCGGUAGUCCCUCAACAGGAGAUUGUUGACAAGGUUGCCCCUUCGGCGACAGAAGAAAAAGUUCCUGUUGUGGUAAAAGAGAAAGUCAUUGAACAGGCUGCCCCACAAGAAAGGGUUAUUGAAAAGGUUCCCCCUGCGGCGACAGAAGAAAAAGUUCCUGUCGCGGUCAAAGAGAAAGUUAGUGAACAGGCAGCCCCUUCGGGGACAGAAGAGAUUGUCACUGUUCCCAAAGAGCAAGAACAAGUCCCUGUUGUAACAGAGGAAAAGGUCGUUGAAUAGGUUGCCCCCUCCGUAACAGAGGAAA